AAUUUUUUCAAUCAGGUGCUGAUCUCUACUCACAAGAACAUCAUGUCGCACAACACAACUCUCCUCCUUCCCAAGUCGCAAGAACCCGGUCGGAGGAUUACGAGAAAGCAAAAUUGGCCGGGAACCGGCGGGCACUGCUUUCCUCCUCGGGAACAGCUACGCUAGGAUCGUUGGAGUACCGAGGGGGAGGAGCAGCAGCUGUGGAAAUGCAGUCCGAGUCGUCGAAAAAAACGUCUGUUGUAAUAUCGUCGUGGCACGGAUCCUCCGCCUCCUCCUCGUCGGCGAAUGCUGUUGCACAUCUUUUAUCAAAUCCAAAAGUGUCUGGGUCUGGAAACUUGUGAUGCUAAAAUGUGCAUGAUGAAAACACUUCCGAAUGCAGUCCGGCAUGACAACUUCCCAAAACGCUUUCUCGUAAGUAGGCAAUCCGCAUGAGAAACUGCGUUUUUACAUGACAAAAGAGGCUGCGACUUUUGUUGGUUAUGCAAUACAGAUUUUCUAGGUAUGGAAAGCUAGCAUUACAUCAAGUUCCAACCUUUCAGACCCAGACAUUUUUGCAUUUCAUAUCGUUCUUCCCCCUACCAUGCCCAGACGGAUUCGUUUCUCCCUCUUCUCCAUGAAGACGAAGAAGAUACUUUCCCCGAUGGCGACUUGGAACGAAACGGACGGCAAUUAUCGGAGCAGACGCAGUAUGCACUGCAAAAGUAUAGUACAAGUUAUAAUCGCAGUCCAAGCAUUACAAAUUUCUUUUGUAAAAAGGCGCAUCCGCAUUACAGAUUCCAUUUCUUAUUCUGAGCACAGUUCUGCUCAUGCAAUUAGUAUUAGCACGAUACUUUUGCAAUCCAUAGGCAGCAGUCCGCGGGCUCCGGGUCCGGCGCAUCAGAGCAAUCUUCGUUGUCUAGCAUGAAGGUAGAGCCCGGAUUCUCCGACACAAGCAAGAACCAGUGCCUGCUCAGCUGCGCCACAAGCGUUUUGUCCUCCUGCAUUCUCGACGAGAAAG